AUGGGCUCGAAACCUUCAAAAUCGAGCGUAAAAUCGUCUCACGAAGUAAUAACGUCAUAUAUUCGUCAACCACGACAACGUAUGGCUACAAACUAUCUUCUCGUUUGGAUAGAUGCCAGUAUCGACGAAGGAAAAAAGGAUUGUCAAGAUACACUCAUCCAAUUGAAGAAUGUGAUCAAUGAUGUCAAGUUAUGCACUGAAUCGAAUCAAUGCAUCCAAGUACUCAACGAGUCUGACAAGGAACGAGCCUUUGUUAUAGCAUCAGACUCAUUAGGUCAAGAUUUAGUUUCUGAAAUUCAUGAUAUGUCACAACUAGAUACCAUUUACAUCUUUUGUGAUAACAAAUCCAGGCAUGAGGAAUGGACUCAAAACUGGACAAAAAUUAAAGGUGUUCAUACAAAUAUGAAACAAAUAUGUCAAGCAUUAAAAUUGGCUGUUAAGCAGUGUGACCAGGACACAAUCGCCGUAAGUUUUCUUACGAUAAGCGAAUUGGCUUCAACUGAGGAUUUAAGUCAGUUGGAGCCAAAUUUUAUUUACACACAGAUAUGCAAGGAAAUUCUCCUUGAUAUCAAAUAUGGUUAUAAAGCAAUCCAGAACUUCGCAACUUGUUGUCGCGAAGUCUUUACUGGCAAUUCAAUUGAACUAAUAGUUAUUAAUGAAUUCGAACGUGAUUAUCAUCCACAAAAAGCAAUAUGGUGGUAUACACGUGAGUGUUUUAUCUACAAAAUGCUUAAUCAAGCGCUUCGAAUUAUGGAUGCAGAUAUAAUCAUUAAUAUGGGUUUUUUUCUACAUGAUGUACAUCAACAAAUUCAACAGUUGUACGAACAGCAGGUCAGUCGUUAUGGAGGAAAGCCUUUUAUAGUUUAUCGAGGACAAGGUCUUAUGAAAUCAGACUUUGAAAAACUUCAGAAAACAAAAGGUGGACUUAUAUCAUUUAACAACUUCUUGUCCACUAGUACAGAUACAGAAAUGUCCUUCCGUUAUGCUCGAGAUGCUUCAACAAAAUCAGAUAUGGUCGGCAUUCUGUUUAUAAUGUCUAUUAACCCUUGUUUGAGAUCAACACCAUUUGCCUCCGUUAAAGAGGAGAGUUAUUUCAAGGAAGAAGAAGAAAUUCUUUUUUCCAUGCACACUAUCUUCCGAGUUAGUGCAAUUAAACAAAUGGACGAUAACAAUCAACUGUAUCAAGUUGAACUACAAUUAAUAUCGAAUGAUUAUCAACAACUACGAGUAUUUACUGAUCGAAUACGAGAAGAAGCUAAUGAUGGUACUGGAUGGAAAAGAUUAGGUAUAUUAUUGCUUAAAAUCGAUCAAGUUAAUAAAGCUGAAGAACUUUAUAGCGUAUUACUCGAACAGACAUCUGAUGAGGGUGAAAUAGUGCACUAUUAUAAUCAGCUCGGAUUCGUCCAUUCGAAGCAAGGUAAUUAUGAAAAGGCUAUUUGGUAUUUCGAAAAAGAACUUGAAAUUCGACAAGAAAGUUUUCCUUCAAAUGAUCCUGAUUUAGCUAUUCCAUACAAUAACAUCGGUAUUAUAUACAGCAAUAUGGGAGAGUACUCGAAAGCACUUUCGUCUCUCCAAAAAGCACUUGAAAUCUGGCAAAAACCUCUUCCUUCAAAUCUUUCUCAUCUAGCGAGUUCAUAUAACAACAUCGGUUGGGUUUAUAGAAAUAUGAAAGACUAUUCGACAGCACUAUCAUAUUAUGAACGUGCUCUAGCUAUCAAACAAUGUGCUUUGCCUCCAACUCAUCCUAGUAUUAAAAAUGUGAAAGAGAGUAUUGAAUUCGUUAAAAAUAAAUUUUAA